UUUAUGUGUACCUGUAACUAGUCCAUGCCGCGUUGCAUUGUUUGAAGAAAGAUUACUAACGUUAUGACUAAAGAAGAGCCGGAAGAAAGAUUGACGAAGAAGCCAGCAUGAAGACAUCGAUAAAAUCAAGAUGGACAUAGAACACUCUGAAGACAAGAUCAAGGGCACCACUUGGCGGUCGUGUUUCAAGAACCAGUUGGGUGUGGCGGCUUGUCUGGCGGGAGGUCUGUUUGCAGGAUUGGUGCCUGCAACAUCCCGGUAUGUCCAGGACCGGGGAUACACCGCCAUACAGCUGCAUCUCUUUAACGAUGUGCUCAUUCUUCUGGUCCCACUCUGCAUCGUCGCCUACCAAAAGACCAACCUCCGCCUAAAGGAAUAUAAGCAGGCGCUUCAUUUGAUGUUUCAAGGUUUGGGUAGAUUCGUCAAUAUUCUUUGCCACAUCUAUGCAUACCAAUUCGUUCCUCCAGCCAACGCAGAGACAGUUCACAACGCCAGCGCUCCGGUCUUCUGUGUCAUUUUUUCCUGUACUUUCCUUCAAGAGGAUCCAUCCUGUGCGACCAUUGUUGGCAGUCUUUGGUGCAUCGCUGGUGUUGUACUUCUCGGCUACGGUAGCUUCGUCAACAAGGGGUCAUCAACAGACUGGGACGUUGGUCUGGGAAUGGGUCUGGCCAUAUUCUCAGCAAUAUUUCACGGCGCAAUUAUCGUUCACGCUAAAGGCCUGGCGGAGAACACCUCACGAACGAUGAUGAUAGUGUAUACAUAUGUAAUAAGUACGGUUUGCGCAGGGAUAGCAUUAUGUUUUACCAGUGUAACAUGGCACCUCGAACUGUUUACCGCCGCAAUGCUAUCUAUAAGUUGUUUUAGUACUGCAUUCAGAGUGCUUUUCUUCUACCUUGCUCUGAAGCUAGUUGAGGUUAACGCAAUAACUGCCCUGUAUCAAGUCAAUGUAUUUCCUGCCUAUGGCCUACAAUGGUUAAUGCUAGGCUUUGUCCCUACAGUUCUGGAAGGUUUUGGUCUAGGGUGUGUGCUGAUAGGGACCUCUUGUGUUGCGAUUUGGGAGGCGUUUGCUCGUUGGAAAGCAAACAGGCACAGGGCAUUCAUAAAAGAACUUAACUUCACAUUACCAAAAAAUUAAUCACAAAAGACGAAGCCUCGUAUUGCUGUUUCGAAGUGUAUAGUAUUUUGAAAUGCGUAUCACACUUCCUCGCAAACUGACCUAAAAAGUUAACCUUACAGGUGUGAUUUUGCCUUCAGGUUAUAAUUAUGCCAUGUUGUGUCAAAGGGCAAAAUGCUGUGCUUACGGUCACCCAACAUACUCUAGCAAAACCUGACGAAACUAGCAGUUUUUUAGUCAACCUAUGGCAAGGGACAUAGAAUUUUUGAUAGCGUUGCAGAAUCGUUUUUCAAUAUGUUCUCCUCAGUUUUGUUGCGCAAGAGAAAAUCAUGUUUGUACAAUAUAUAUCUAGAUUGUUUUCCAAUUGUUAAAAUGUAACUUGGCCUUGGCCUAGCAACUGGGUUAAGACGUACUUUCAAAAUAAAAAGUAUAGGGGCAUCAAAUAUUGCAAACCAACUCAUCCCGGACAAAAGUCUACACAUAAUACAGGCAUGUCACCAUCAAGAUGUGGAGGCAUUUUUCAAUCUUUAAAAGCAUAACUACAAACUGUAAAGCCUUCUAUCAAUGUGCAUCACUGAUUUCAAAUCAUUAUCGUCAUAUAACCUUCAUAAAGUAUAGGCCUUGUUUUUGGUGUCAGUAUGUUUGUCUGUGUGUCUGUUUGUAUUUCUAGAUAUUUGUAGUCAGUGUAACUUUAGAACGUCUGGAUGGAUCGUAAUGGUAUUUGCUAUGUGGGUUGGGAGAUGAAGGCCAAGGUCGAUUUUGUGUGUUCCUUGAUAGUUGAUACUGUAGUUGAACUUACGUUUUGUUUUGUUUCUUUUCUCCUAGACAUACGACUGUCUGUAUGUUUUGGUGUAAGGAAGAAGUGACGUAGGGCCACCUAGAAUAUUCCUCUGGAACGGCAGGGGCGGUUUUAAAAAGAUAUUUCGAGGAGGAUAAGUAAACGAAAGAAAUACGAAUUUCCAUAAUAUUCGGUAUGCAGAUAGUUCAGACAGAGAUGUAGAGAAUGAUAUACAAAUCAUUACUUAAUUUGCAUAAUUGAUAAGGUAAAUUUGUAGUGUUUCCCAUUUCAUGACUUCCAUACACGUAACGUUUGUAAUUUAUGGCAGGUGAAAGAUGAAGCUGAAAGACCAUCACAAAUAAACAAAAGGACCAUCAUAAAUAACUUAGGUAAGGCUAAAAACAGCUUUAUUCGCAUAAUCAAUGAGACAAAAUAUUUCAUGACGGUAUGAGGUCUCCUAUCUCUAAGUGACAUGUCUGUCUGUCU